AUGACAAAUCGUUAUGCUUUUGAAGCCUUGAAUCGAACACUCAUAGACAUCACUGGUGUUGAUUAUCCAUUUGGUGGCAAAAUUAUGGUGUUUGGUAGUGAUUUUCGACAAGUACUUCCAGUUGUUCCUAAAGGUACAAAAGCUGAAACUAUUGCUGCAUCGAUAGUCAAAUCACCUCUUUGGAGUCACAUUCAAAUACUUCGUUUAAAGCAAAACAUGCGCUCUAUAAAUGACCAACAGUUUGGUGAAUUUCUUUUGUCUGUUGGAAAUGGUGUACAACCUACCAUUAUAGAUGAAAUGAUCAAAGUACCAACAUCGAUGGCAAUACCAUGGAAUGGCGAAGAAUCAAUAGUUCAACUAUUAGAAGAAAUUUAUUCUGAUAUCAUAAACCAUUCUUUUGACGCCAAGUAUAUGGUUAGUAGGGGCAUAAUAACUCCUCGCAAUGAAGAUGUCGACAAGCUCAAUGAGAAAAUCAUUCAGAGAUUUCUAGGAGAAUCAAGAGUGUACCACUCAUUUGAUAAAGUUGAAAAUGAUACCCAAAAUUUGUAUCAACAAGAGUUUUUAAAUUCCAUUUCACUAGGAGGAAUGCCCCCACAUGCAUUGCAUUUGAAAGUUGAAGCCCCAAUUAUGCUUUUGAGGAAUCUUGACCCUUCUUCUGGAAUACUUGAAAAAAUAAAGCUACUUCAGCUUUGGGAGAAUUAUCAAGAGGAAGCAAAUAUGGUUGCAGAUAAGAAAGUUAAAAAUCAGGUCAAACAGUUCUCCAUAUACAGUCUUGGAUGGAAGGUCUCUAUUAAAGUUGAUAAAAAACAAUUGGAAAAAUUAAUUGUGCGAGAGCUUUUGAGAAAUUCUAUCAUAUCUGAUAGAGCAAGUAUAUGCAGCAAAGACAAUAUGGACAUAUAUGUGGUAAAAGAUCAAGUCUUAUAA